AUGAAGAAUUUCUUUGCAUUGGCUGCUGUAUUCAUUUGUUUUUCCUUUGCACAAUCCGAUGUGCGACCACCUCUAACGUGUGAUAUGUACAGGACAAUUCAUGUUAAUUUAAUCAAAACAGCUGUAAAACUGGGCAAAGACGGGGUCGAUGAGGGAAAACUUCACGAGUAUCUCAAAGAAAUCUGCGAAAAGAAAACGAUCCAAAGUGAUUCUUGUGAGGCGAUCUAUAAAGAUUUUGAGUCUAAAUUUCUCGAGGUGAUUCGUGGAGUGAAAGAGGGCAAAAGUGGAGUUGAGAUGCAUCGAGAAGUUCCACAUUGUCAAAAAGAUGAGAGCUCGACCGAAGAUGAU